AAAGCAUUGGACAAAACGGAAGUGGCGCUUUUUCAUCUUCCCUUUUUGAUGGCUGCAGUUCCAGAGUUGACAGGUUGUGGACUGUACUAGAAGUGGUCACCAUGCAUCAAGCCUUUGAACACUGUCAUGUCCAUAGGGACGCUCCCCGACCCUCGGACUCCUUGGCUAGCAUGUGUUGGCCCAUCAUAAACCAGCAAAGGCCGUUAACUGUGUUGGAGAAGGCCGGACUGGCCAAGUGUCCACCCCGUGCUGACGUCAGCUGGCCGGUGUCCGAACCCUGGAGGAGAAAUCUGAACGAGCCGCGCUGUGGGGGUCAAGGACGAUGCCAAGGUGAUCCCCAGAGAUGCAACUCUAAAUACCGCUACGGCGUCGAUGACGUGGGCCAGUGCCCGACCCAGCAGACGUGUAAGAAGGCCUACUGCUGCGCCCCCUGCCCCCCGGAGUGUGUCCAGCCGUGCCCCAACCCACCGGGUUGCAACAGGCUGACCACGAGGUGCUUUGACUGGCCCAUCCCCAAGAACGAAAAGUGCGCCCCCGUCAACACCAACAUGGACUUCCGCCCCCCGCGAGCUGACCUGAACGAUCAGACGGUACAGCCGGAGCGCUGCCCGACCUGCAAGAGGAUCGUCGUCGAUAUGGAGUGUGGCCCGCUCGGCUACAACUAUUAAUCCUUUGGGUUGGGGCGGGGGUGUUCGGCUGUAACUGUUAUCUCUUUAUAUUGUGUGGGUGAGGGGUGUUCAGCUACAGAUAUUAAUCCUUUAGGGGAUGGUGUUCAGCUAUAAGUAUAAACCCUUUGUUUAUAUGUGGAGGGAGGGUGUUGGUUGGGCGCGCUCGACUCAACUAUUAACCCUUUUGGGGGAUGGUAUUCAGCUAUAAAUAUUAACUCUUCAUAUCGUGUGGGUGAGGGGUGUUCAGAUACAGGUAUUAACAAUUUGUAUUAUGUGGGUAAGGGAUGUUCAUCUACAGGUAUUAACCCUUUGAGGGGGGGGGGGGGGGUGUUCAGCUAUAGCUAUUAAAUCUUUGUAAUGUGUGGGUGAGGGGUGUUCAGCUAUAAGUAUUAACCCUUUGUUUAUAUGUGGAGGGAGGGUGCGCUCGGCUGAACUAUUAACCCUUUCGAAAUGACCCGCUCGCCUACGAUUUUAACCCUUUCUAUAUGAGUGGUUGGUGAAGGCUGCAACUAUUAACCCUUUUUCUUUUGGGGCUCGCUUAACACUUUUACUGUGGAAGACUGCUUGGCUACUAUUAACCCUUUUCGCGUGGGUCAUCUCAUCUUAUUACCCUUUUAAUCUGGUUUACCUUCCAAAGAUAUUAACCCUAACAUUGGAAACCACCAAUCGACUAUAUUUUUCCCCACUUAAAUGUAACUUACUUAGAUUACAAUGAUGGAAAUUAUUGUGUAACUGCAUUGGUCACACAUUCUAAUGUAGUGUUUUAAACAAUCUUAGAUCGUAUUAUCUCUCUCUUUGGUGUCGCUAUCGAUGCCAUCUGUCAAAACAUCGUACAUUAAACCACUCAA